AUGGUAGAAGAAAAAUGGCCACGGUGGAAUUUAUUUUUCACCGAUGCCUCGAAAUUAGUUUCAAAUGGUAACACUGGUGCUGCCUUCUAUCACCCAAACGCAAAUCAUUACAAAUUGCACAAACUACCCCCAGAAACCUCAGUAUUCACGGGCGAGUGUAUUGCAUUGAUAAGUUGUCUAAAGUUCAUCAUGCAGCACUCAAUUAACUACUCCGCGAUAUUCAGUGAUUGUUCUAGUGCUAUUCAAGCCAUUUCAAAGAAUCCGAUAAAGAAUUGUUUAGAAAAUCCGCUAGUUUGUAUAAUCAAAAACCUGUUGUUCACCUGUCAUCAAAACAACAUCAAAGUUGAAAUAGUUUGGAUCCCUUCACAUACAGGAAUUCUUGGGAAUGAAACUGUGGAUCAAAUGGCUAAAGAAGCAACACAUAGUGGUGAUUGUGAGUACUACGCGAAUUUGCGGUAA